AUGAGUUUGAUAGAACAAGCAAUGGAUUCUCUGUCAGGGCUGAAACAAAGAUGUCGGGGAGUGUCAUUUGUGCUAAUUUUAUCUUUAACCGCAUUUUUGGGAUUUGUUGUGUUUUCACCAGUCUUCAUUACCGUAUUUUUUCUAAAGCUACCAUGCGCGCGCUGGAUUGUGGAUACUAUAAUCAGCACGUGGUUUGCUUUAGCCGUGGGCGCGUUUGAACUCUUGUACGGUGUUAAAAUUUCCGUGCAAGGUGAUGUUUCUAAUAUAGACAAAUGCUGUAGCUCUCUGGUUAUAAUGAAUCAUAGAACUAGAAUGGAUUGGCUGUUCUAUUUUGCCGUACAAGCCAGAUACAGCUCCUUAAGGAGAUUCAAAAUUUCUUUAAAAGACGAAUUACGUCAUGCACCAGGUGCAGGCUGGGCUAUGCAAGCAAAACAAUUUCUUUUUUUAAAAAGAAACUGGGAUCUUGAUAGAGCUCGAAUUGAAAACUCUUUGAAACAUUUCCAGUGUGUUAACUAUUACCCGCAGUUGUUAUUUUUUCCGGAAGGAACAGAUUUUACGCCGUACACACGUAACAAGAGUAGACAAUAUGCUAAAAAGAACGACCUUCCGGAAUACGAGUACGUACUUCACCCUCGGACCACGGGAUUUACUUCCGUCUUUGGUUACAUGAAAUCAUAUAACAAUUUAAAACAAGUGGUUGAUGUUACAAUAGCCUACCCUCAAAAUAUUCUACAGAACGAAACAGAUCUACUCAAUGGAAACAUUCCUAGAGAAAUUGUAUUCACGGUGAAAACUUACAGUGCCGAGGAACUUCCGGAAAGCAGUGAAACCGCGUUAGCGGGGUGGCUGGAGGACCGAUGGCGCGAAAAGGAGGCCUUCCUAAAGUCAUUUUAUGAAAAUAAACAAACAGGCACCAACGAUUAUGAUUUUAAUCAAAAUUUAGAAAUAGAAAGAGAUCUAACUCUGUACUCGAUCGGUGCUUUACUAUUCUGGGCAUUUAUUUCAGCAGUAACUGUUUGGUGUCUUCUAUUUUAUGCAUACUUUAGAUGGAUUUUCCUUAGCUUGAGUGUCAUCAAUGUAAUCAUAAGUACCAUCAUGGGAUUUGACGCGCUUUUUACUAAGCUGUCGGUUAUGUGA